AUGUCGCAGGGCCCCACACAUUCUCCACCCGUGCCGUCACCACUCGGCGAUGCUUUGCUGGAUAUGUUGAGGGCGUCUUCCACGAGAAUCGCAAAGCCUGGCACCACACUGAUCAGCCAGCGACACGGCUCAUACGGGCGUUAUACUGUGCACGAGGCUGUGUUGGGUAAUACAAGCUUUGCACAUGUUUACGACGGUGCCAGGGUAUCGGGCCAAGUUCCAGUGGCGAUCAAGGUUGCCACAGAAUACGGCAGAGCCACGAAUGAUUUGGAUAUGGAGCAGAUCAUCAUGGAGUUGUUAAUGGUUGGAGGAGGUCACGAGAACAUACUACGCCUCCUUGAUGUCGUGGCCGAGGAGACAACUGGGAAACUUUCCAAGACACUCAUCUUGCCUAGAUGUAAUAUGACCCUGGUAGAGUGGUUCGCCCCGCCAGACGUUAAACCCACUGGUGCCCUGGUGGAUAUAACCCGCCAGCUCUACUCCGGCUUGGCACACAUCCACAAUAACGGGAUCCUUCAUAAAGACCUCUCGCUUAAGAACGUGCUCCUGAGCAGGGCUGAAGGGUGCGUUAAGAUCUGCGACUUCGGAAUGUCUGCGACGGUCGCGGACGACGAAGCUGCACCGCACAAGCUGCGCGUCGAAUUGCACUCUUUCACAUCAUUUGAGAUUCUGAAGAUGUGGCUUGCGCGCAGCUUCGCCUGCCAGCCUCACGCCGCUUACGUCGAGUUCACGACACGGGGUGUGCCGCAACAAGAUGCAGCAAAUGGCUUGAGGAUGGCCUACGACCAUGGCAUGAAUAUGGUGUCAAACAAGACCUUCUACAACAAACAGAACUGGGAAGAAGUCCUGAGUGACAAACCCCGCAUCCGUACGCUCGCUGAGCAAAUAAUAGCUUGGGAUCUUAGUCAGUUUGUUGGAGCGCUGCGAGGUCGAGCCGUUCCGCGGAAAUUCGUAGAGGCAUUCAUGCCCGCUCUGUUGCUUGGACCCAUCCAGCAUCUAACGGCUGACUACGUGUCGCAGUCAUUUGACCAGCUAGUACGCACAGAAGUACGCAAUGCUGCGAAGAUUUACCUGAAGUCCGGGGCCCACAGUCCGGUGUUAGAUGAUUUCUAG